GUGAGGAGGGGUCCCCCCAGCAGGAGAUGGGCUCCCAAAGCCCCCUGGGCUCUAAGCUGGUGCUCUGUUGCAGUGGGACAUCCCCCCUGGCCUGCCUGAAUGCCAUGUUACACACCAACUCCCGGGGGGAAGAGGGGAUCUUCUACAAGGUGCCGGGACGGAUGGGAGUCUACACCCUCAAGAAGGACGUCCCAGACGGGCUGAAGGAGCUGUCAGAGGGCUCAGAGGAGAGCAGUGAUGGCCAGUCUGACUCGCAGAGCUCCGAGAACAGCAGCAGCAGCAGCGACGGCUGCGCCAAGGACGGGAGGAAGAGCAGGUGGAAAAGGAAAGGUGGGUCCCUGUUUUGGGAGUGA